AGGGGUUUCGUUUCAGAGGAAUAAGUGCACUGUGUUACAGGCUUUCGACACCAGUUUCUUGCUCUGCUUUACAGCUGACGAUCCAGCCAGUUUUUGUGUCAGGUACAUCGGAAUAAAGGUGUAAAAAUGAAUCACGGAUUAUUUUUGAUCGCGGUAUUCAUUGCUGCAACAGCUCUCACCUCAGGUGAAUAUAGUUCAGAUUUUAUGGUCAACUCUAACACAACAACUCACAACCCGAAGACAACACCCCACAACCCGAACACAACAACUCACAGCCCGAACACAACAACUCACAGCCCGAACACAACAACUCACAGCCCGAACACAACAACUCACAGCCCGAACACAACAACUCACAAUCCAAACACAACAACUCACCAACCACCAACAACAACCCACCACCCCAACGCAACAACUCACAGCCCCAACACAACAACUCACAGCCCCAACGCAACAACACACCAACCACCCACAACAACUGCCCCUCCAGCCCCAACGCCACCCACCAACAUGACAAAGGGGAGAUAUAAUGUUACUGAUGGAAAAGGCAAUAUCUGUAUUCUGGCUGACUUGGAAAUCGGGAUCCGUGUGAACACCAGUGAGGUUAAUGGCACGUUCAUUGUUCAGCCGAGCAAAACUACUUCCAGUGGAGAGUGUUUGGAGAAAACGGCUAAUAUCAUUCUCAGUUUUGAUGAAGGCACAAUUAUCCUAAAGUUUAAAAAUGAUGAAACAAAACAAAAGGUCUAUGUCGAGUUAGUGGAGUAUGAUUUGACCUAUGCUUUCAAACGUGGAGCAUUGGGAAACUACACAGGGAAGAACGAGUCUCUUGAGCUGUUUUCCGCGGCUCCGGGUCACUCUUACUCCUGCAGUGCUGAGACCGUGUACAUGGGGAACGGUGUGAGUCUAGAUCUGACCAAUUACAGACUUCAGGCCUUCAACAUCAAAAGCAAUGAAUUUGGCACAAAUGAUCUAUGCAAGGCUGAUAAACCGGACUACCGCGUUCCCAUCGCCGUGGGCAUAAUCCUCAUCAUUCUCAUCGUCAUUGUAGUCAUUGCUUAUCUUAUCAGCAGAAAACGGAGAAGUAAUGGGUACCAGUCACUAUAGAGGCCUAAAAGUCCUGAUUUAUACCAGCGAUUCUGGAGAUUUAAUGCUGUUAUGUACGUCUUAAGUGAAUGUUACUCAUAUCAAUGAUGAACAUGGAUGGCUUAGGAUCUGUCCAAACAAUGUUUACUAUUCAGAGACGGUAUGUCACAUCCUAACACAAGCUGCAACCAUACAAACAAAUGGCUAAACUACUGCAUGCCUUAUUAGCCUA